UCCGAUCCCGAUCUGAAGUUUAGAAAUCUUUUCAUUGUGAUUUUUUCAACGAUAGAAGUUUUUGGUAUUAAAAUAAGUUUAAUUUGUUUCAGUUAACGUGAAUUCAUGUCAUCAAGAGUACCACUUGAUUUACAGCCUAUUCAGGAAGAAAACCGGCAUUCUUUUGACGACAUUUUUCCUGAAGGAUCUAGAGCCCCUCGUUCUUCUGAAUUUAUAAACUCUGCUUCUGGAGUUUCAGGCGUUCCUGAAACUUUUGAGUCUGAUCAUGUACAGAAAUUUGCUGGCAUUGGGCUCGAAAUUACUAGCACUGUAAUUGGAAAUCUGAUCUCACAUCCCUGUAUUGUAUUACGAAGGCAAUGUCAAGUUAACAGAAAAUCUCUAAGAUAUCAUCUUAGUCCAUUCACAUUGUUUCCUGUCAUAGUUAGAUUACAUAAGAGACAGGGUUUGAAAUGUUUGUGGAAGGGAUCAAGUGGAAUUUUCAUUCUCACUGGCUGUUCUGUUGCCCUUGAAACUUUUAUAGCAGAACUAACUCCAUUUCCAAGAGAGGUGUCUGCUAAUAGUUCACUUAAGCAUUUGGCUCAGCAUGCUCUACUUAAAUUCAUUACUUUUGGAAUUUUAACUCCAUUUUACUGUUCAAGUCUUGUGGAAACUGUACAAAGUGAUAUAGCAAGUGAAAAGCCGGGUGUACUUGACAUUUUAAAAGAAGGAAUCUGCCGCAUUUUCAAGUGGGGUACCCCGCAAUCCUCUCGAUUACUUCCUAUGUGGCAACUCAUUUUUCCUGCUGCAUGCCAUGGUCUUUCGAUUUAUGUCUUAUCUUCUCUAGUUCAAUCUGUUUUAAGAUGGCUUAUUUCUAUCAAAAAGCGUAAUCUUCGAGAAAAGAUCCCUUAUGGCCACCAAAUUGACGACAGUUAUGCUGCAAAUUAUUUAGAAAAUUUGUCAACAAUUCAUUUUGGUGCAGUUGUUUCUAGUGUCAUUUUCUAUCCUGCAGAAACCAUUCUACAUAGAUUAUACCUCCAAGGAACUAGAACUAUUAUUGACAAUCUUGAUUCUGGUACAUCUGUCUUGCCUGUUAUAUCAAAAUAUGAAGGUUUUACUGAUUGCUUCCAUACUAUUGUCGCAGAAGAAGGAGCUGCUGGACUCUACAAAGGCUUUGGGGCAUUAAUUUUUGAAUAUACGUUACAAGCUCUUCUUUUGAAGCUAGCUAAAGUUACUCUUCAUGAAAUUGAGUCACUUAUAAGACCUGCAAAUAAAAAACCAAGUGUAUAAACUUUAUGAUUCUUGUACAUAGUUUAUUUAUAAAUAUGAAGAUCAAUAAAAAGU